AUGGAGUGCAGAAUAAGAGAGAACUCUGAUGCUGAUGUAGACGAAAUAGAAACUGAAAAAGGAUUGAGAGAAGAAAAUAAUCGCAAAAGGAAAAUGGAAGAAAUGGAUUCCGAAGAGGAACGAAAGAAUAAUCUUUUUAUUAAAAAUGAUGAUGUUGAACUGUUUGCUGAUUUGGAACAAAUGGAUCUAAUGUCUGAUGAUGAAGAUGAACCAGUAGAUAGCAAAGAAAAUGUAAAAUCUCGAGGACUUACGCUUCGCAACUACCAACGGGAGCUAGCUGAGAACGCAAUUCAAGGAGAGAACACCAUUGUCUGCUCAGGAACAGGUACAGGGAAAACCCGUGUGGCAUUUGCUAUCAUUGAUGACCAUAUCAAGAAAUAUCCCGAAGGUAAGGUAGUAGUAAUGGCCCCUACAGUUCCUCUGGUUAACCAGCAUUACCAGGUCCUCAGACGUCUGUUGCCUCAUUUAGUGGAGAAAACACUGAAAAUAACUGGUGAAAGUGAAAGAAGUGAACAACUCCAUAUGUUCGUGGGAGAGUACCAAGUUUUCCUUCUUACACCAGCCAUCUUGGAAAAUGCUAUCAAUCCGGGGAAGGAUGAAAUCAUUUUGUCCAAGUUUUCGCUGAUGAUAUUUGAUGAAUGUCACCAUGCCUGCAAGGGUCACACCUACAACCAAAUCAUGCUGAAAUACCACAUGAUGAAAAGUGAUCCACGGAAGGGGAAGUCAAAAUUGCCUCAGAUUGUGGGUCUGACAGCAACACUUGGUACCAACAAGGCCAACACUCCAAGCAAAGCAAAAGAGCACAUCUUCCAGGUCAUGGCCAACUUAGAUGUCCAUCUGCUGUCAACUGUCAUCAAAUGCAAAGAUGACCCACAGUUAAACAGAGAUCAAAUUGAUAUUGAAAAAGUCAAACUUCUACAGGAUGUUAAAAAUGACACAGUUCAUAAAAGAAUUGAGGAAGUAAUGGAAGAAAUUGAGAAAAUCUUAGAUGAGGAAAAAGGACACUUAGAUGCAGAACAUGAAGAUGAGGAAGAGAUAUUGAAGACACUGUUGGGGAAACCAAAUGCUAACAGGACACUGGAAGGCAGCAGAAACUCACAACAAUAUGUGCAGUGGUGUUGUCGGCUGCAUGAUAAAGCCAUUCCAAUUUUGUUUAGAAAGCCUGGUUCUUCUGAAAGAAUACGACUUGGUGGGGAGUAUCUGAAGAAACUGAGUGAUUUGCUGGAGGUAAAUGACUGUUUGACAGGAGACAUUGCUUUAGAGGUUCUGAAGAAGGAAGUGGAGAACAUCAAUGUGGAAAUAACGAAAAAUGAGAAAAGAAUUGCACAUCUGAUUAUCAAACUGCAAUCAGAUCCACAAAAAUUGCAGGCUGGUUCCACUGCUCAGACAAAUUCUGUAAAAAAUCUUAAUGUUCUUUUGAGAACAAUGGAGGACAAUAUUAUCCUAAAGGACAAAGCAAAUGGUGGACAAACACAGUUCAUCAUAUUUGUAAAAACUAUAGAGGUGGCCAAACGAUUGAGUGAAAUGUUAAAGAUCAAGGCUUAUAACUGUGAAAGCCUGAUUGGAACAAGAGCCAUGAACAAAAUAGAUCAAAUUAUCAUCUUGAAUAAAUUCCAUGAGAAGAAAAUUCAAGGAAUUGUUGCCACCUCAUUGGCAGAGGAGGGAAUUGAUAUCCCAGACUGCGACCUAGUUAUCCUGUAUAACUAUAUUGGCAAUGAAAUAUCAUAUAAACAGGCCAUGGGGCGAGCAAGAAAAUUGAAAGCCCAAAUUCUUGUUCUUGGAAAACCCUCUGACUAUGAUAGAGAGACUAUCAACAAAGCCCGCAUAAAAUACAUGGAGCAGGCUGUAGAAAUGAUCAGAUCUGAUGAAAAUGUUGAGAAAAAAAUAAGAAACACCAUUGAAGAAAUGGUUGCAGAACAAGACCUGAAGAUGUUGACAGCAUCACAGGCAGAAACAAAACCGGAGGGAGCUGCAAACCACAGACUGAUUUGCAAAUGCGGUCAUUUUGAAAUUGAUUGCAGUAUACUGCGGUGCAUUGACAACACAAAUUAUGCUGCACUUGAUGUCGAGUUGUGGGACAAGAUUGAAGAAAAACCUCUGACAAAAAAGGCCAACACAAAGUCAGAUUUGGACAUGCAGACUGAGUGGAAUCACCAAAGCUGCCAGAAAAAACUGGGAACCAUCUUUUUAUACAAGGGUGUUCGUUUGCUUUAUUUAGCGCAGAAGUCCUUCAGUUAUGACACCAAAGAUGGAGAUCGUCCCCUACCAGUCCAGCAAUGGAAGAAACUACCAUUCCAAAUUCCAGCCUUGACAAGCAAAGAACUGUUGGAGCACCAGAAGUUGCUAAAGGUUAAUGGAAAACAAUGA